GCCAGUCUUGCUCGACGCUCCUCCGCGGUCGCUUCAGGCUUUGAGCGACUGAAAUAUACGUGUGUUGUGCUGUGAAGUGUGUGUGCUUUAUCGGAUUGUGACUACUCUUUGGUAGCUUCGUAAACGCCAGAUAAGAUUACACACAGAAGAUGUGACAAGGACAACAGAAUUAUUGCCGUCUUAAGGAAAAACAAUAAAAACAAAUAUGAAAAUGUCAAGUGAAAGAAAUACAGUGAGGUAACAGGACCAUAAUAUAAAUAUAGAAGUGUUCAUCUAGUCAGUGACGUCAUAGAUUAGAUUAUAAUGUUCUUGAUAAAGUGUCAUAAGUGUUAUAGUAGGCAUACAGUCUUGUAACAGUGAAAUAAUCAGUGUCACCGGAGAUACGGUACAAACAAAAAUAUAAAACGAAUUCUUAAUUUAAAAGUAAAGCUUAGUCGAAAAAUUAAAUAUUUGUGUGUAAAAUUCUAUAAUUCCAAAAACGAAUUCUAAAUUCGAUAAAAAUAAGCGUCAAUCAGAACAACGUUUCAAAAAAAGAACAACAUGUCUGGCCUGUGAAAAACAGUGAUUUAAACAAAUUAAGAAGAUAGAUAAUGUGCAGUGAAACAGUGUGACGAAGUGAUGUCAAUUUAGAAGUGUUUUCCAAAAUGGGUUGCCAGUUGGGUAAACUGGCGGCGUCGGAGCGCCGAGGGGUGAAUGCGGCGCCCGAUCUGGCCGAUGGGCCUCCACCGGCGACGGACCCGCGCCUGCCGCUCACCGCGAAGCAAAAGUACUCCAUGCUCGCCUCAUGGAAGGGCAUCUCCAGGGCCAUGGAAAAGACUGGCAUAUGUAUGUUUAUAAAAUUGUUCGAAGAGAACCAGGACCUCCUAAACAUGUUCGAGAAGUUCCGCCAGUGUCGAACGAAGGAGGAGCAGAUCAACUCUAUGGAGCUGGCUGAGCAUGCCAACAACGUCAUGAACACUCUUGACGAAGGCAUCAAGGGUCUCGACGAUUUGGACAACUUCUUCGAGUACAUCCACCAGGUCGGCGCCAGCCAUAGGAGAAUACCUGGGUUCAAAGUCGAAUAUUUUUGGAAAAUCGAAGCACCGUUCCUAGCAGCGGUAGAAUCCACGCUAGGGGACCGCUACACGCCCAAUGUGGAGAAUAUUUACAAAAUCACCAUAAAGUUCAUCUUAGAGACACUCGUCGAUGGCUACGAAAAGGGUGGAAACAAACCCAACUCCACGUGAGCUAAAAAAUGAACUAGAUUAAAAAAAUAACGGCCAAAAUGGCUUUAUACCAAACAGGCAUAUUAAAAAGUUAAAUUAAUGGGAUUGCUAUAUUGUUAAAAUGGGGAGACGGACUUUUAUAUUUGAAAUUGCUAAUGGCGCCAAAGUUACUUAGGUAAAUAGCCAUUAAAAGAAAAAGUGGAAGCAUUUGACGUUUUGGCUGUCACAAUGCACAGCGCUAUUUAUCGAGCUCCCCAUAAAACGGCCUUUUUCAAACAAGAACUUGUAAAAAUGGAGUGAAUUAUAAUGUGUCAAUUUAACGAUGAAAGAAGAACAUCUUUAUGUAAAUGUGUAUAAUGUUAAUAAUUUAAAGCAUUUGUUAAUGUAUUAUAGUUGUAAUUGUUUUCUCUAAGCGUCUGUGUUCGAGCUGCGUCGUAUUAUGACCAAAAAUAUAAUAUUUAAGGUCACCAUUGGUUCACUAAGCAGGGAACAUAAUGUUAGAGUCUCUUCAUUAGUACGCUUUUAAUAGUAAAACUAUUAUUUUUAAGAAAUAGUAAAAUAUUUGUAGAUAUAGUCCCCAUGCAGUGAUGUGAGUGUGUAAUAUUAUGUUCUAAUAUAUAUGUCACAAAGCUUAUUAUACGUAUAUUACUACUGUAUUAUUUUUAAAUUAUUUUAUUCGUCGUUAUUAUUAAAUUGUACUACUAUCGAACCUAUAUUACGUGGCUGGUCCAUUAUAGGAUGUUCAAUUUAAAAUUUAAUGUAUUUUGUAAUUAAAUUCAACAUUUAUUAUCAUUAAUAAUUAUUAUUAUAAAUUGCGUCUUCCGAUGUGCGAAUGUCAUUUUAUUUUUAAUUGAUUUAAUAAACUGGUCAUGUUUUAAUUCGUACCUAAAGUCACUUUUUAUAUAUUAAAAUGUAUUUAAUAUUAUUCAGUAUUAUGUAUAUUUAAUUAAAGAAUGGCACAAGAUGUCGCACAAACACCUUCGAUGGUGUUGUUAUGCAUUAUUCCAAAUGCAGUGCAUUUUAAAGUGACUUUGAAGUUAAAACAAAAGUAAAAUUAAGCACAAAAAAUAAAACCUAAUAACACCUAUAUUAUUAAGUUAAUAGUGCAUUUGUGUGCGCAAAAGGUACAGUGUAUUUUUUAAUUUCACUCUUUCGUUCACCAAUUUCUUACGUUUUCUUUAACUUCAAGGCCACUAAAAUGCAUGUUUUAUAAAAUGCGUAUUUAGAACUAAAUAUGUAUUUAGCACAAACAUGUUUAAAAAAGUAAAAAUAAAAAGGUGUCUAUAGUAUUUUCUAUUUCUACUUUAGAAUAUCCGAACAAUUUGUGGAUGAUAUAUUUUUGACAUUUUUAAAAAUGUUUAAAAUGGAAGUCAUUUUUAUCUACACUGAUAAACUUAUUCAAUUACUUUUUCCACCAACUUAUCUUCUUAAUUUUAAAUACCUACACUGUUGACAAUUUAAAUCCAAACUCCAAUAUUUCAAUAAUAUUUAUUAAAAUAAUUUACAGAGGGAUAGAUCUAAUUAUAAAUUAAAAUAUUUACCUACGCCUAAAAUACUGGUUGCUGACAUUAACAAUCUAAAUGAUUUAUUAAAUAAUAAUCUAAAUGAUGAAUAAUUUUUACUCUUUUAUUACUUAUAUUCAAUUCGUAUAUUCUUCUUCUUCUUUUAAUCCUUUUAUUUUGGGCCCUACAUGGGCUCGAAUAACAGAUUUCCACUCCUCGCCAUCUUUUGCGGCGUCUGUAUUUCAUAUAUUAUUGAUAAAUGAAAAAUAAAUUUUACCUAGUUCAAAUGCAGCCAAAGGCCGUACGAAAACACUCAAAAACGUAACUUAACAUCUAUGUCCCAAUUGGGGCAAUCAAAGAUAUAUCCAUCGCAAGUUAAACUAUACCUGUAUAUACCUGUGUGUAUAUAAGAACUGACUGCACGCUUCGCCAAGCUAUCUCCUAGACCAACGUCAUAAGUGGAAACUCCAAAAAACUAAUCAACUCUUCAAGGCUAGAUUGAAUAGGCUUUCUGUGAAAGCAUGUCGCUUCCUAAGCCAUAUCGUCAUUUACCAGGUGAGAUAUAGUAGACAUUAAAAACAACACAUUUAUCAAGUGGAAACUUAAUUGGACCACUGUGUCGGACGUUCGUUUAGUCAAGCCUUAAAUGAAAUCGUUAACGGAAAAUAAAUUGCUUUCCAAUUUUCACUUAGACCAGGAAGUAAUACAAAAACAAGCCAAUCUACGCUUUAUUUUUGAUAGAAUAUAAAUUUUCAUGCAUUUUUUUGUGUCAACAAGUUAGGGACAAGUGAUAUUUGAAAAAAAAAAUACUUACUACGAACUCACCUAUCUUUAAAAAAAAUUCAAAAAUUCGUACCUUUUCUUGUAGAAAAGAUAAUAGAACAAAAAGCAGUCGACAAUGGUCAACCCUGCGUUAUAAAGAGAUGAAAGGAAGAUGAAUGGGGUCACGAAAAUCAAAGACAUAUUACAGCUUGGAGCAAGCCCUUGAAAUACAAAGGGAAGGGUACUUACACGAGCAAAGGGACCUUCAAAAAGUUACAUUUACAUACCCUCGUAUAUUAAGAUAUAUAAGACCCCCCCAUCAAAAUGAACUCACGCGUAACUAUUUUUAUUUCAGAAUAAAUGUCGCAUUUUUCUUUUUUUUAAUACUUAGGUGGACAAAUGGGGAGCGUUGAAGGCUCACACCCAGUAUACAAUUUUAAACAAGAGACCUGAGGGUGCCCAGUUGGGCGAAAAUGUCGCACGUGUGCUUUACUUAUAUUCAAAAUAAAACAGCUAAAAAAAUGAAAUUUAUCGUCUCAAGGCUCUAUAUAUAGCAGAUAAUUGUCAUAAAUAUUACUAAAGGCCACGUCGCCAAACAAUUUAUAUUGAAAUGGUUACGUCGCCAAAGCGUCGCCAAGUGAGUUACCUGUCAUACGUUUCAAUAUAUUUUUUUUUUAUUUAUUUAUUUAUUUGAUAAACUUUGAGUAGGUAUACAGUUUUGACGCAUAGCAUCGCUAAACCAGGAAUGGUUUGUCUCGAUGCUAGGUAAACGAUAUGAAGUGUUAGGCAACCUGGCUAUGGCGUCUCAGUGAGUAAUUGCCAUCAUAGUGAAAAUACAUUAAAUAUAUGUUGAAACGGGGUAUAUUAUAAUUUAAGUUUUAUUGGUUCGCUAAACAGGCAAGCAUCUUUCUUAGAACAUAAAAGUCCCUAUUCAUGUCAAUAAUUCAAAAGCCAAUGAAAUUCAGAAAUCUUGGUGAGAUGUAUGUACAUAUGUCUACCAAAACUAAGAUAUAGUCGUGAGUUUAUGUUAAAUGUGUUGUUAUAUUAAAACUCAUGACUAAAUUAAAACAUAUAAAAGGCACAAGAAAUAGCGAUUGUUGUCUUAACUGUAAUAAGCAAACGUAAUAUUUUCCAGUUGUGUUCAGUUUCUUUCUCUUUGCGUUUUAUACUUUCAUGUUCGUAUAAUGAGACAUCCUUUGUUUGUAGUAUUAUAAAAAUGUUUUCUUUUAACGUAAGUUAUGAAAAAAAUCUGGGACUAAGUAACAAGUAUUUAUUUUCUAUUAUAAUCUUUAUGUAUUAAUAAAUUUCCUUCCAGUGUCUUCAUAAUUUUUGGAAAAAAUAUUAGUACCAAUUUUUCUGACUAAAAGUUGUAAAAUAAUAAUAGUAAAAACAAAUCAUGAAAUAAUUAUAUUUUACAAGGUAAAUUACAAUUAUGUCUAACCCUUUGAAAAUUCUUAAGAUAUAUAAUAUAAUUAUGGUCCGUGUUGCUCUAUGCUAUACAUAUAUCGACAAAUUAAUAAGUUAUAUACGUAUUAUUUUAAUUCAUUUGAGAAUACAGUCUGCGUGUACAAAAGGAAUUAAAACGAAACAACUUAUCUACAGAACCACUGAAGAAAUAGUACCUAUUUAUAAAACCUUUGGAAGAUCUUGUAUUUUUGUUACAAAUGUACAUUUGGCACUAUCACCAAACAUAUUUUUCAUGACUCUACGUAAAUAUCGUAAUUUUACAAGUCAAAUUAUGGCAACAUUAGUGUUGUUGUCAUUUUGAUUGGAUGAUUAAGACUGGUGUUGCCAAUUCAGACGAAUAAAAUAAGAAUUGGUAGUUUUAUGCAAUGAGUUUACGUAAUGUCAUACUUAUUUCGUUGUGUCAUCUGAAAAUAACGUAUGUAUGAAGUACAAUCAACGGCAAAUAUUUGGGAACAAUCGAAUGUUUCAUAAAGUUAAAUCGAAACUUUUUUUGCGUUUGAGCAACAUGAUUUAAAAUAAAUUAAUCAGAAUAAAAUAAAAAUAUUAUUUAAUUAUAAACUACUUAUUCUGAAAUUAUAAUAUUAAUAUUUAAAUAAACAUAUUUUUAAUGUUCGAAGAAUUUAUAUUUAUUGUAAAAUGAAAGUUAUUUUUUUACGAUUGUUUCCAAGUAUUUGACUCGGAUUGUAGAAGUAAAUAUUGUCUACGUGUAACGUAUAUUUACCACAAUAGUUGUAAGUGAUGAAUGUGUAACAUGUGUUGUCUCUGAUCGAUGUAUCAAAGUGUUAAUUUCAUUUUAAAAAUAAAUAUUAUUUAAAAAUAUG